ACUGUACAUCAAUUCGAUGUAUAAGUGAAAUAUACUCGGGAGUUUUUCGGGGGUUGUUUAAUAGGCGAUUUUUCCGGUGUCCAGAAAAAAAUGCUUUCAAUAACUCCAAUAUUAACCAUACUAUGCCUGUACAACGGUAUCGAAGUUGAAGCCGAAUCGAUCCCGUCGUGCGACAACCCGGUGUAUUGCCAAGGCGACCUCCUGGACACCGUCCAGAUGGCCAGGCUGUAUCCCGAUUCGAAAACCUUCGUGGACAUGAGCCAAAAGAACCCGCCGAACGUAACGCUGGCCAAUUUCGAGCAGUUCAUGAAAUCGAAGAACCGCCAUCCCUCCCGACAGGACAUCGUGGACUUCGUGAACGACAACUUCGAGAACAGCCCGGAAUUGGUCGACUGGACGCCCGGCGACUACACCAAACAUCCGAAGUUCCUGGAGAGAAUAGACGACGCCAAAGUGAAACGAUUCGCGCAGAGCCUGGUCGACAUUUGGCCGAUUCUGGCGAGGAAAAUCAACGAUUCGGUGGCGAAGCGACCGGAUCACUACUCCCUGAUCUAUCUGCCCAACGGGUUCAUCAUACCCGGCGGCAGGUUCAAGGAAAUUUACUACUGGGACACCUACUGGAUCAUCAAGGGGCUGAUCGUCAGCGAAAUGACGGAUACCGUUAGGGGAAUCUUGGAGAAUUUCCUCUCUCUGAUCGACCGAUUCGGAUUCAUCCCCAACGGCAGUAGAGUCUACUAUUUGAACAGAUCUCAACCGCCGCUAUUAGCUCUCAUGAUAGGGCUUUAUGUAGACGCCACUAACAAUAAAACGUGGCUAGCGCAGCACGUCGACACCGUCGAGAAGGAACUGAACUGGUGGAUAACCAACAGGCGGCUGCAGAUCAAAAUAAACGACAAAGAGUACGACAUGUUCAGGUACAACGUCUUGAGCGAUACGCCGAGACCCGAAUCGUAUUACGAAGACACGCGCACGUGCAGGAACUUUACGGACGCUCAAAAAAGCGACUGCUACAGAAACUUGAAAACCGGCGCCGAAAGCGGUUGGGAUUACUCGACGCGUUGGUUCUUCACCGACGACAGACACCACGGCACUAAUUUAAGUUCCAUAGACAUCACCCAUUUGAUACCGGUCGAUUUGAACGCUUUCCUGUGCAAGGCUUUCGAAGAAUUGGCCAGAUUCUACGAGUUACUAGGAAACUCCACCAAAGCCUCCUUCUGGCACCAAAGGCACGCAGCCUUAAAAGACGCCAUCCGAGACGUCCUUUACUCCAACGAAGACGGCAUUUGGUUCGACUACGAUUUGAUCAGCAACAAGCGCAUCGAGGGGUUCUAUCCCAGCAACUUCGCCCCGUUGUGGGCCGACGCCUACGACACCGCCAAAAAGGAGGACUACGGCCUCAAGGCGACGCUUUACUACAAGCAAAACCGGCUGUACAGGUACUUGGGCGGCAUUCCCACGUCGCUGCUCAACAGCGGCCAGCAGUGGGACCUGCCCAACGCCUGGCCCCCGUUGCAGGACCUCAUCGUUUCAGGUUUGGCCAAAACCGGCGCCAAGAAAGCGGUCAGGCUGGCCGAGAACCAGGCGAAGAGGACCAUCGAGGCGUUCAUGAUCGGUUUCGAGGAGAACAAGGAGAUGUUCGAGAAGUACGACGCUAUGAACGCCGGCUCGUACGGGGGCGGCGGAGAGUACUCGGUCCAAGCCGGCUUCGGUUGGACCAACGGGGCGGCGCUGAACUUUAUCGAUUUGUUCUACACCAAGAGAGAGACCAACAACCAAAUGAGAUGAUAGCUACCACUGGGGUACUACAAUUUAAUGAUUAAUUUUUUGUACAUAAUGUACCGAUUUUGUCAAGGGUCGUUUUAGACGAUCCUUUUAGAUUAAAAAAUUAUACAUAAUUAAUAAAUACUGUACAUAUUGA